AGGCCCUUGGUUUUUUAUUUUUUUGGGGGCGUCGAGUGACCCGCGAGCGCGGACCCGAGAGCGCCUGGGAAGUCAGAAGACUCCGAUUGAAAAAGGUGAGAGCUGCAAACUGUAGAGCUAGCAGGAUCGGUGCAGAUGGACGGUGCAGGGAAAGGGACGGUGACUCCGCUGGCCUCUCUCUUUCCGGCUGAGGAGGCUGAAAAGGCGGCGAAGCGCGUGCACGACACGAUCGUUGAGAAGGAGAAGGAGCUUGACCAUCUUCGAGGGUUCAUCGCCGACAACAACAACCUUAUCAACCUUGUUCAGAAGCUUCCCGAAGAGCUCCAUCACGAUAUAAUGGUACCGUUUGGGAAAGCAGCAUUCUUCCCAGGGCGUUUGAUUCACACCAAUGAGUUUUUGGUUCUUUUAGGAGCAGGUUAUUAUGCCGAUAGAACGUCCAAACAAACCGUUGAGAUUUUGAGACGAAGAGGCAAGUCUUUGGAUUCUCAGGUUAAUUCUCUUGAGGCCAUUAUUAAGGACCACAGAGCCGAAGCAUCGUUUUUCAGUGCCACAGCUUCUGAAGCAGCGGAGGGUCUUGUAGAGAUAAGGGAAGAUUAUGUGGAGGAAAAUCCAAGCAAACAGGAAUUUAAAUCUGGUCCACUGAAUCAAGAUGUUUCUGGUUUUGCUGGUGCUGAGAAAGAAAUAGCUUCAGCUGAUGAUGAGGAAUUUGCCCGCAUAAUGUCCAGGUUGGACGAACUAGAGGAACAAGAGCUUGCUGCUGAAAGGGGCAAGCAGGACGAUGAAAAUGAGGGGACUAUAAGCAAUAUUGAUGAGAUCUCAUAUCAGAGGCCUAUUGAUGACAAUCUCCAAAAUUCAGAAGACAUCCAACGAAGGAUGGCUCUGAAGCACACUGGUGAUAAAACAACUAAAUUUCCUGAAGAGCUUGAGUAUCAAGAAGAUGGGGCUGAUCAUUUUGGAAGCCUUGCAUUGCAAUCUCAAGUUAGAGAAGGUGAAACUAUGGCAAAAAAUCUGCAAAAAAUUGAUACUAGUGAAAAGUCAACCAUAUAUCCUGAAGAGAAGAUAGUUCAAGCAACUAAUGCAUCAAUAGCUGAGGUCCAAUACCAAGCUUCACGCCUAUCAUUUGAUAGUCAAAAGCAGGCUUCUACAAGCCCCAUUGUUGAGCAUGCUGACCAAACACUGAGAACUUCAAGAAAAGAAAAUUCAACUUCAUCACAGGUUGGACGCCAGACUUCAGAACCAUCAUUUAAUAGUCGCAAGGCUUUUACAGGCUCCAUCAUAGAGCAUGCUGAGAAUUUACAAAAAACUUCAAGAGAACAAAAUUCAACACCAUCACCGGUUUCUGGUUCCCCGCCUUCGAAGCCAGUCUCAAGAUUCAAAAUGCAGAGAAGAUAACUGCAGUAUUUUGUUUGGUAAUGGUGAUGGCGUCCAUGUUCGGUCAAGGAUGUCUUUCUAGAAUCAAAAGGGUAGGAGUUAUUGGAGGAUAAGAGAAGAUGGGGAAUGGGCAUAAAUGUUCUUCCUUGGAAAAAGUGAACCAGGGAGGAUUUAAUGAUGGCCGAAUUCCUCAUUGUCCUGGACUAUGAUUACGAGUCAACAAAUUUUGCUAUAUGUUCACGACUCCACGUAAAAUUGGUGACACGGACACUGGAUUUGCUUUAUAGAAUUUCCUUUUUUUUUAAUAAAAUAUAUAGAAUUUCUUGUAAGCCUCUAUCAGGUGAAAAAGGAUAUUGAAUUUUUUUUUUUAUGUCACUUGAUUUGCCGGAGGGAGGUAGAAACAUAAUAUUGAUAUUUUUCCUCGCAUUCACCCCUUGUUUAAAAAGUGAGUUAUCCCCAACC